UUGGGCUUGCGCUGUCGGACACAUCCUAUGCACACAGCAGCACGAAGUUUAUCAACUGGUGGCUAUAUAGCAUUUUUGCAAGUGGGACACCUGUAUAAAAUAUAUUUUGGAAGCGUUAAAGUCAGCGUUGAAAUCAGAACUCCUAUGAGGACGAGAAGGGAGAUAUCCAAUGUGGAUUGACUGAAGUCCCAUCUUUGGAAGAACUGCCAGAAACAGAGGGAUGAGGAGAAGGAAAAGGAGAAGGAAGAAUGCUGCUGUGACAGAGGCCAUGAGAGGGGAGGAGGACCCCAAAGAAGAGGCUCACCAGGGGUCCAGCGCCUUAGCUGAUGUGAAGGUGUUACCAGUGAGGGAGGAAGAUGGUCCAACUUUGGAGGAUCUGGGAGAUGGUCCAAAGGUUGAGGACAGAUGCAGUCUGGAGCCGACGAUGGAUAUUCUGUCCUACAGUGAGAAUGAGUGGAAGGGAAACACUACCAAAAGUACCCUUAUUAGAAAGGGUUACACUGAGCUGUCUCAGAGGUUUGGGAGGCUGAGACGGGUGAGAGGAGAUAACUAUUGUGCCCUCCGAGCCACUCUGUUCCAGGUGCUCUCCACCAGCACCCAACUGCCUGUCUGGCUGCAGGUCAAACACAUCUCCAUGUGGCCAGAGGAGCUGGAGGCACAGGAGGGGCUGAUUGGCCACUGGAUGUUCCCCUCGGAGUGCAGACAGGGGGACAGGAGUGAAGACGCCGUCCAACAGCUCAAACGCUACAUGGAACUCCUCCAGAACAGGUGGCAGGCGGCGGUGGGCUGCUCCAGCGCGGAGCAGAGACAGCGGCUGUGUGAGCUUGUGUUCCAGGGAGGGGAGGAAGAGCUGGGCCUGCUGGAGGCCCUGAAGCUCCUCAUGCUGGGCCGGGCCUCGGAGCUCCAUACCACCAUGCAAGCGGGAGGGGACGUGCCGGUCUUUUGCUGGCUGCUCUAUGCACGCGACUCUUCCGACUGCCCACGCACAUUCCUCUCCAACCACCUGAGUCAAGUGGGUUUCAGCGGGGGUCUAGAGCAGGUGGAGAUGUUUCUGCUGGGAUAUGCCUUGCAGUGCACCAUCCAGGUCUACAGGCUGUACAUGGCAGACACAGAGGAGUUUAUCACCUAUUAUCCUGAUGACCAUAAGGAAGACUGGCCCUGUGUGUGUCUGGUCACAGAGGAUGACCGCCACUACAACGUCCCAGUGGGCCAGCCCAAUGGACUCCAGGUCACAGAAGACCACACUGCUAUCCCAGAGGACCUCCCUGCAGACUGUUUGGACUCCAAGUCCCAGAAGACCUCACUGCAGGCUGAUUGCCACUGAAGAAAAAGCUCAUGGCAUGCACACAGGGCCAUAAUGUCAGUAGGCAAGAGUCUGUUCACCCAGUCAACUCCUCAGGUUGACUGGAAGAACAGACUCUUGCCUAUUGACAGUAUGGCCCCGUUUACACUUGAAUCCCAGCCCUAGUCAACCUGUCACGCUAUAGUGUAGGUCACUAUACAGCUGACAAUGUCGCUUUUAAAGGGCUGGGACGUUAGCAGAGAUCGCUUUAAUGAUAAAUGCCACUCUAUAAUGUGGCUUGCUUGCGUUGAAUUCCGGCCCAUAACUGAUGAGUGAAUAUAUAUCAGAUCACAGGCUUUGCACAAUACCAUCACGAUGCAUUUUAAUAUCAGGUGUAAAUUGUGUCUGUCAGAUGUCCACUUGCAUGAGAGAUGGACACUAAAACAUCCUGCAAAAGGUGACAGCAGAGCAAACUACAGUAAGCAGAGGGUGAUUCCUCACAGCACAUCAUUUAAAAUAGAACAGAUGACUACUACUUCAUGUUGUGUUUGACAUUGUUUGAUACAAACCAUUUUGAUACCACUAUUUGGGACUCCCAAACAUUUAUUUGCUAUGUGACAAUAUAUUUGAUGUAAAACGUGAUAUACACAAUUAUUGCAUUUUGAGACAAUCGUAAGGAUAGCACUAGCAAUAAUGUAUUUGAAGAUGUGCUUAAACUAGAGUACAGUCGGGAGGAGAUUGUUUGUUUGAUCAUUUAUUGUCCCUGUGCUUGGUCUCUGCUUUUCUCAUUAUACUCUUGACUGAA